CAGCCUUCAGAAUCGCUUUGAGAGCCGUGGAAGAAAUUGUCCAAGUCGUGGCUACUCUUUGGGAACAACCUAGGGCCAAAAGGACAGCGUCUCCAUUCUUCACGACAAGGCUCCUUACCAGUCUACCGACCCCCACCCUUUCUGGCCAACGACCUGACCCCACCACCAGGACCCAGUUACCCCCGUCUAGCUGGAGGAGGACCCUCUACCAGUCCAGCCAGGCCGGUCAGUCCACAGCGGUCAGCGGGGGAGUAUCAGACCAGCAGCCAAGCUGGAGGGAGCCGGAGGGGAGCUGGAGCCGCAGCAGAGGCCCUCAGGGGCCGAGGGCCCGGGCUUCAUGUUGAGAUAUAGAGGCUAUGGUACCGCUGCUACAGAUGCUGAUGGCACCACUACGGAGCAGGUGGAUCCUAGAGAGCAGCAGGAGGAGGAUGAUGUCAUCUCAGACGGACACACGCACAACGGGGUGACUCUGAGGAGACCCAAUGCGCUGGAGUUGCAGAAAGUGACUGAUGGAGAGGAGGGGGAGAGAGAUGGAGAGAUGGACUCUACCUCUGCAGGGGAGGAGGACUUCAAGACUUCAGACGAGGGCUUCAUGGGCAUGACACCUCUACUACAGGCCCACCACGCCAUGGAGAAGAUGGAGGAGUUUGUUCACAAGGUGUGGGAAGGCCGGUGGCGGGUCAUCCCUCAUGACGUGCUGCCUGAGUGGCUGAAGGAUAACGAGUAUCUCCGCCACGGGCACCGGCCGCCCAUGCCCUCCUUCAGGGCCUGCUUCAAGAGCAUCUUCAGGAUCCACACUGAGACGGGCAACAUCUGGACUCACCUGCUGGGCUGUCUGUUCUUCCUGUGCCUGGGCAUCAUGUAUAUGUUUCGUUCCAACAUGUACUUUGCUGCCCCGUUCCAGGAGAAGAUAGUGAUCGGUAUCUUCUUCAUCGGGGCCAUCCUGUGUCUGUCCUUCUCCUGGCUCUUCCACACCGUCUACUGCCACUCUGAGGGCGUCUCUCGUGUCUUCUCCAAACUGGACUACUCUGGCAUAGCCUUCCUGAUCAUGGGCUCCUUUGUUCCGUGGCUCUACUACUCGUUCUACUGCUCUCCCAACCCCAGGUUAAUCUACCUGGUAGUAGUCUGCAUUCUAGGAAUCUCUGCCAUCAUCGUCUCACAGUGUGACUUCUUCGCUAAGCCACAGUACCGCGGCGUCAGAGCAGGAGUGUUUGUAGGUCUGGGUCUGAGCGGUGUGGUCCCCACCCUGCACUUUGUCAUCACUGAAGGCUUGCUGAGAGCCACUACUAUGGGUCAGAUGGGCUGGCUCCUCCUCAUGGCUACUCUCUACAUCUCUGGAGCCUGUAUCUACGCAGCCCGCAUCCCAGAGAGGUUCUUCCCCGGGAAAUGUGACAUCUGGUUCCACUCUCAUCAGUUGUUCCACGUCCUGGUGGUGGCGGGAGCGUUCGUCCAUUUCCACGGCGUGUCCAACCUGCAGGCCUUCCGCUAUGCUGCCGGGGCGGGCUGUGAAGAGGACAAUGCCCUGUGAAGAUCCUGCACGUCACGUCAACACACCACCAGGGGGACACGCACACGCAUAACACAUACAGAGACGGGAGACUGAUGAACGCUCAUACACACACACACACACACACACACACACACACACACACACACACACACACACACACUCUGACUCCCCAGUAGCGACCUGUCUCUCUCUGUACAUGUCUAGAGGAGACCCCUUAGAGGACACACGAAAAAAAAGACAAGGUUUUCUUUUCAGUUGGAAAAAAAUGACCUUCGUCUCGUUUGUUUUUCUUCUCCUCCAUCUUGUUUUCAAUAAGUGCAUCUAGGGGUUUUGGACAUUUGAGACUUGUCCCGCCCCCUCAAAAAAAAAAAAAAGUGUGAAUUUUGAGUAAAAUAUUGAAGUGGUUGUUCUGAUUAUUAUCAUUCUAAACGUUGUGCUCACGGUGCAAAGCAACAAAAAAAUACAAUGUUGGGGGUUUCUUAAUGCUAUAGUGGUGGAAAGAAAAGCUUUACAAAAAAGAGAAAGAAAAUUGAAUUAUGUGUAGAUUUUAUUUAAUUUUUUUCAUGAAAAAGGUGGGUGCGGAGAGGGGGACGGGCAGGCUAGCCGCUUUUCAACGUUUUUCAUGUAAAUAAGAUUUCUAAAUUCGGGUUAUAUAGAUUUGUAUAAAAUAUAUAUAAUAAUAAAAAUAAUAAAAAAAAGUUAAGAUAUUGAAUCUAAAAAAUCGACAAAGAUGAUGCGGCAACAACCAAGAAAACACCAUUGUGUAAAAACCAAUCAUUUGGCCCGAGGGGGGAAGUAAAGUGGGGAAUAUAGGAGAACCCACACACUGUUGAAGGGAGCUAUGGCACAAAGAGUUGAGACGUGUGAAGGAGAGAGGGAGAUCCAACUUCAUAACGAGGGAGGGAGGGUCGGCAAUUUCUCCGGCUCAGCAAGGGUUAAGCCCGAGGGUGAAGAUGUGACCUGUGACUGGCUGAAGUUGAGCCCCAGUUGACAAAUCAGGUGCUGAAUUCUGUUCAUAUUCUUUUCAACAGUAGUGCACUACAUGAGGAAUAGUUGAUGUGUAGCUACUUUAUCUCAUUCCAUUAGACCGUGACAUCUAGUGUGUCACUGACUAGUGUGUCAUCCCAACAGUCAACACGACCCUUCCUUCCUAACAUUAGAAACCAACGUCGGUGCGCGUCCACAAUGGCACACUAUUCCCUUUUUAUAUAGUGCACUACUUUUGACCAGAGCCCAGCGUAAGUCAAAAGUAGUACACGGAUAUUUUAAGGAACAGGGUGCCAUUGGGGAUGCAUUUGUUUCUCAAACCGUAAGUGAAACUGUCAUCAGUGAAAAGUUGUCCGUUUCUAUCCCCUUACCAAGCGAGCCUCUCUUCUUUCUGCUCUGGCAUAAAGUGACUUUGUACUACUUUUUGUGUGAAGUGUGUGAUUCAUUGACUUUAAGACAACGGCCCAAAGGGCACCCUAUUCCCUAUUUAGUGCACUACUUUUGACCAGGUAGGGCACUACUUUUGACCAGGUAGUGACCUAUAUAGGGAAUAGUGUGCCAUUUGGGACCCGGAAUAAAAACAGAAGAUCAAUAUUUCAGAACAAAAUAUGCAUUUAAAUGUGUUUAUUUUAUUUUGAAUGCUAUUAUUUUGUCUAAUAGUCAUUAUCAUCACAGGCUUUAAGUCGUGUUUUUUCUUGCUCCAAUACUGUAUCAAUUGUGUCUGUUUUUUGGGGGAGGUUUUCUAUUCUCUUUUAAAGGGUGUGUAUGUGAUUUUGAAAAGAUGGAAACAUGUAAUAGCAGAUUCACUCAGAGGGGUGUCACUCUGGGGCUCUGUUUGAAGCGUGGUGUAUUAGGGCUUGAUUCAAUCCAUUGGCGAAGUUCAGCUUUAUAGCACGAUUUAAAAGUAGUCGUUUCGCGGAGACUGCAUUCGUGGUAAACGCUGCGUAAGUCGGCUCAAUGCGAGGUGAGCUUCGGCGAUACGGACUGAAUUGAGUCCUUUAGUUAUUCAUGUGUAUCAGAUCUACGCCACGGUGCAUAGCUGUGCUGAGGCUGAGAGCCUUCUCUCACUACUUCAGAUUCAUCCGCCACACACCUGCUCAGUCUUACUGCUUCUGUACCAGUCACUCCAGUUCAAACACUAACAGUCAUGUAUUCAUUGUGACGAUAUACAGGCGGUGCAUCUGAGACCUUGAUCUCAGUUCCACUAGAGAACAGUGGUUCCACCUAGCUUGGUUGCCAGGUCAGGAUGUGCUUUAGCCAAAUAAUGUCAUGACAUUGAAAGUCUGAAGUUUUGCUUAAGCCUGUACAGAUCUGGCAACUAGGCUAGACCAGACAGUGGAGUCGGACCUUAAACCCUCCAUAUAACGCUGUUGUAGAGGAGUGUAUUUGACCAUCGGAGUUAAAAUGCUUAUAAACAUAAUCAGGGAGGCAGUUUCCACCCUCGACUCUUUUAGGAGGAAGGAGUUUUCCCCCCUUUCUGUCCUUCUCUUGGGUUUGGAUCCUUGAUAGCCUGGUACCAGAUGCGUUUGUGCACUCUUGCCCCAACUCAUUGUCAGACUGUGAGUGUCGGAGUUGGCUGGACGGCACAAAGACAUCUGGGACCAGGCUAGGUCCUUAAUGCUCUGUGUUGAGACUAUAUAGAUUUCUUCUCAAUCUUCAGCCCAGAGUUACAAGGCCUUUGUUUCAGUGGGACAUUUCAACAACAAAAAGGAAAACGGAUGUUUAGUUUUUUUUAAAUGAAUUUAUUUUUUGUUGGGAAGUGCAUAUUGUUUGUUGAAGCACACGUCCAGUGGUGACCGUGUGAUUUGCAAUAGGUCUUUAUAUCUGCUGUAAUUGUUCUAAUAAAAAGGGUUUGAAUUCUGGGAAAA